AUGAGCGGAAGAGGCAAAACCGGAGGCAAGGCCAGGGCGAAGGCAAAGACACGUUCAUCCCGUGCCGGGCUCCAGUUCCCCGUGGGCCGUGUGCACAGGCUGCUGCGCAAAGGCAACUACGCCGAGCGUGUGGGCGCUGGCGCACCAGUCUACCUGGCAGCAGUGCUCGAGUACCUGACCGCUGAGAUCCUGGAGUUGGCCGGAAACGCUGCCCGUGACAACAAGAAGACUCGUAUCAUCCCCCGUCACCUGCAGCUGGCAGUCCGUAACGACGAGGAGCUGAACAAACUGCUUGGCGGCGUGACCAUCGCUCAGGGUGGUGUUCUGCCCAACAUCCAGGCAGUGCUGCUCCCCAAGAAGACUGAGAAAGCCGUCAAAGCCAAGGUAGGAAUGUCUACCAAUAUGAGCGGAAGAGGCAAAACCGGAGGCAAGGCCAGGGCGAAGGCAAAGACACGUUCAUCCCGUGCCGGGCUCCAGUUCCCCGUGGGCCGUGUGCACAGGCUGCUGCGCAAAGGCAACUACGCCGAGCGUGUGGGCGCUGGCGCACCAGUCUACCUGGCAGCAGUGCUCGAGUACCUGACCGCUGAGAUCCUGGAGUUGGCCGGAAACGCUGCCCGUGACAACAAGAAGACUCGUAUCAUCCCCCGUCACCUGCAGCUGGCAGUCCGUAACGACGAGGAGCUGAACAAACUGCUUGGCGGCGUGACCAUCGCUCAGGGUGGUGUUCUGCCCAACAUCCAGGCAGUGCUGCUCCCCAAGAAGACUGAGAAAGCCGUCAAAGCCAAGUAAAAUCGCUGGUGCGGCUGCAACUUGACUACUCAACCCCCAAAGGCUCUUUUAAGAGCCAACCACCUAGCUCAGCAAAAGCGCAAAGUGUCCUUUCUGUGCCUGGCCAACUAUUGGGCGUGUUUGUUAGAUACACACACAUAUACACGGCACCGUAUCAUGAGACCUAAAUGAAGAAUAACAACUACUAGGCUAGAAUGAGAGGGCAAAAUAUUGCGCGUAAAGUGUAACGUUGCUCGCUGCCCUAACAAAAGACCCAAGCGCGCCUCGGCGAGG